AUGGCGCCUCCAACGCCUCUACUCAAGCAACAACAACAUCAAUCUGUUUAUGAGGAUGUAUGCAGUCCUUAUUUUCUGCCACACAGCGACAGUCCUGGUGUGCAGCUCGUCACACAGCAGCUCAAUGGUUCCAACUACUCGAAUUGGCACCGAUCUAUGACGACGGCGCUCAUAGCGAAGAAUAAGCUAGCUUUUGUCGAUGGAUCUCUCGAGCGGCCUCACCACUCUGAUAUGCUAUUCACACAAUGGAUGAGGUGUAAUAGCAUGGUCGUUUCCUGGCUUCGCAAUUCGGUAAUUCCUGAAAUUAGCUCAAGUAUUAUGUACAUUGAUGAUGCUCAUCAUAUUUGGAAUGAUCUUCGGGAGCGUUUUUCCCAAGGAAAUCUGGCUCGUAUAUGCCAAUUGAAACAACAGUUGCUCAAUCUAAAGCAAGGCACAGAGGAUGUGAGCACCUAUUUCACUAAACUUCGUAUUCUAUGGGAUGAAUACAAGGAUUUUCAACUGUCUCGCUGGUGUACCUGUGAUCACUGCCGAUGUCAUAGUUCGCGUAGGUGGAACGAAUUUCAGAUGCAGGAAUGUUCAAUGCAGUUCUUAAUAGGAUUGAACUCUACUUUUUCUCAGAUCCGAUCGCAAAUCAUAUCAACUACUCCUCGUCGAUCACUGUCAAAGAUCUUCUCUCUUGUGUUACAGGAAGAGAGGCAACGUUCCAUUGAGUCUACUCUUCCACACUCUUCUUCGACUAAUACUGAAAUUCAAGGAUCUCUUAUCAAUGCCACAGGAAUGGCUCGAGGUAGAGGUGGCAGAGGAAAAUUUCUCUGCACUCAUUGUGGUAAAACCAGUCAUACAAUUGACAAAUGUUUCGAAAUUAUUGGAUAUCCACCAGGUUUUGGUAGGGGAAGAGGAAAGCCUCAAAGUUUUUCUGCAGAUAAUUCAUCAAGGACUGCUGCUAAUCAGUUUGAAUCCGGUAAUGCUGUGAUUGCUGCUCAGACUCAGGGAUCUAUUUCCUCUCUGUCUUCUGCAGAUAUGGCUCGCAUGAUUUCCUUCUUAUAGAGUCAGAUGUUAGUCCUAUCUCCUACCACAAAUUCUCAUAUCUGUUCUAAUUCCAACACGGGUGGUCAAGUGUUUGGAGAUGCUCCUGCUCCUGCUAGUGUGUCUCCUCCAUUCAGUGAAAAUUUUUCAGGAGACUGUGAUUGGGAAGGGUAAUGAAGUUGGAAAUCUUUAUGUCUUAGAAGUGGCUCCUGCUCUCUCCAUCAACUCAACAACACCUCUGAUCUCUAGUGUCUCUGCUGACCUAUAGCAUAAUAGAUUAGGUCAUCUAUCUUUCAAUAAGUUGCUGUUGUUGUCUAGAGAUCUUUCUCUUUCAAACUGUAAACACUCUAUCUGUGAAAUUUGCCUGUUGGCCAAGCAAAAGAGAUUGUCAUUUCCUGAUUCA